AUGGCCGAGCCCGAACUCGGAAACCUUGGCUCGUCGAUCCGUCCGCACGUGCUCGAUUCAACCCGGUGCUCGCUCACUGCUGCUGUCCUCCCACUGGACGCGCCCCCCAAAGAGAGCCCACGGUACAUGAUCUCCCUCGCCGCCGCCAGCACCCGCGUACCCGUGUUCAAGUAUCACUCCAGAGCGGCCCUCUCCGCAGCCUUCUCCUCCACUGCCCGCAUCCGCAACGCACGCAAGUCCCCCGACAAGAUCAACUACAACCGCAUCUCGUUCCAGGAUGUCCCCGACGCCGAGCACGUCAAUUACAAGCGGGUCACUGCGAACGAUCUCGAGGCACACCGCGAGCCUCCGCGCCGCGUCAAGAUGCUCGUGCGCGAUUUCAUAGAGGAUUCGCUAUACAACCCGCACUAUGGCUACUUCCCAAAGCAGGCCGACAUCUUCACUGCAAGAGACCACAUCGACUUUCGCUCUCUACGUAAUACAGUCCAGUUUCAGGAAGAGGUGGCGAGGCGAUACGCAGAGUAUGGUCCAGACGGCGAUGGUCCGGGCAGGCAGAUCUGGCAUACGCCCACGGAGCUGUUCCAGCCAUGGUAUGGUCGCGCAAUUGGACAAUGUCUCGUGUCUGAGUAUCUCCUCAAAUACUUUCCCUACGAAGAUUUCGUGAUAUACGAGAUCGGCGCAGGGAAUGGGACGCUCGCGUUGGACAUCCUGGACUACAUCCAGGAGCAGUACCCGGAGGUGUACGACAGGACGAGAUACAACAUCAUUGAAAUCAGCGGGAACCUUGCCAGGCUCCAGAGGGAGAAGCUUUCCGCCAAGCAUCCAUGUGUUAAGGUGAUGCAUCAGAGCGUUUUUCAUUGGGAUAAACGUGAGCCACAGCCAUGUUUCUUCAUUGCCAUGGAAGUCAUUGACAACUUUGCGCACGACAUGAUUCGCUACGACCUCCGUACGCUUGAGCCAUAUCAAGGCAUCGUCACGAUUGACGGCCAUGGUGACUUCAGUACCUAUUACACUCGGGUAACGGACCCGCUCAUCUCGUCGUUCUUGGCGCUGCGCCGUAGGCUCAUGCAUCCUCCACCUGUGCCGCGUCUACUGGAGCUCUCGCCUACGCUACGGACAUUUUACACCAAUCUCCCUUUCGCACCAAACUUGUCUGCGCCGGAAUACAUACCCACACGGCUGCUCAGCCUCCUGCGCACCUUAAGGCGGCACUUCCCGCGCCAUAGGCUAUUGCUGUCGGACUUCUCCUCAUUGCCUGACACCAUUGAAGGUGUGACCGCGCCAGUCGUGCAAACACGCUACCGGAACGAAACCGUACCAUGCACGACGCUCCUCGUGAAGCAGGGGUAUUUUGAUAUCUUCUUCCCAACCAACUUCGACCGGCUGCGCGAUAUGUACGAACAUAUCCUAUCUCAGCCACUCCCGCUAUCUGCUGCAGAGACGGCGCUGCCCCGGUCACCACUGUCGACUAGCGCAUCGUCUUUGUCAGUUGGGAGCGACUUUUUCUCAUCGUACCACCCAAAAAACAGGAGACCGCCGACGGAUGGCGUGGCAUCCGCAAGCGGAAUCCCAGUGGGUGAGCGCAAAUCAAGCGUGUUCACACAUGCAGAAUUCCUGUCGACGUAUGCGGAUUUGGGCAAGACGCGGCUCAGGAGUGGAGAGAAUCCUAUACUGGACCUGUACCAAAACGUGAAAUUCCUUUUCUAA